UCUUAGUAAACGCGGUGGUGUUCGUGUAUCUCACAGUCGUUUGUCUAAAAAAGUUUAAUAACGUGAAAGUAUCUCUUAUUAGCUCUCACAAAAUGCAAACAGAGGGACAGACAGACUUCAGCACAGACGAAUUUCCAGAGGGCUCCAAAAUAAACGCGAGCAAAAACCAGCAGGAUGAUGGUAAAAUGUUCAUUGGUGGACUCAGCUGGGACACCAGCAAGAAAGACCUUACAGAUUACUUGUCAAAGUUUGGAGAGGUACUGGACUGCACUAUUAAAACUGACCCAAUGACGGGACGCUCCAGAGGCUUUGGGUUUGUACUCUUCAAAGAUGCAGAGAGUGUAGAACGGGUUUUGGAGCUGAAAGAACACAAACUGGAUGGAAAGUUGAUUGAUCCAAAGAGAGCCAAAGCCAUGAAGGGGAAGGAGCCUCCUAAAAAAGUGUUUGUUGGAGGCCUUAGCCCAGACACCUCAGAAGACCAGAUCCGGGAAUACUUUGGAACAUUUGGAGAGAUUGAAAGCAUUGAACUUCCCAUGGACACUAAAACAAAUGAAAGGAGAGGGUUCUGUUUCGUGACUUAUGUGGAGGAAGAGCCUGUUCAAAAGCUUCUGGAGAACCGGUACCAUCAAGUUGGAUCAGGAAAGUGUGAGAUCAAAGUUGCUCAGCCCAAAGAAGUAUACAGACAGCAGCAGCACAGAGGAGCCAGGGGAUACGGAGGUAGGGGUGGAUUCAGAGGCCGUGGGAGAGGAGGACAAGGUAACUAUAAUCAAGGUUACAGUAACUACUAUGGUCAGAGUUAUGGAGGCUAUGGUAAUGGAUACAACCAAGGAUACAAUGGCUAUGCUGGCUACGACUAUUCUGGCUACAACUAUCAAAACUAUGGAUAUGGACAGGGUUAUGAUGAUUACAAUGGUCAGCAGAGCAGUUAUGGCAAGGCUUCACGAGAAGGAGGAAACCACCAAAACAACUACCAGCCAUAUUGAUGCAAAUGUAGACCUGCAUAGACUUCUGGUGGGCAGGCUGAUCUGAGAGUUUCAUUCAACCUUGGAGGCAGUUUGAGGAUUCCUGACCUUCUUAAAUCAAGCAGCUUACUUAAAAUGUCCUUAUUUGUUGGUCUUCUGGGCAAGAUGUCACAUGGAGUUUCUAACCUUGUAAAUAACAGGGCAUUUUGUUUAUAAGUUUUGUCUUAUUCUGUGCUUUGUUUUAGCAGUUUAGGCUUUGUGUUGAUGUGUUCCAUAUCUUGUUUUUGGAAGUGUUCAUUAUUUUGUCUUGCAGUUUCUUUUUAUUGCUGUUUUGGAUAAAGGGAUUAUUAAAAAAAGAGGGUA